AUGGAGCGGGACAGCAAUGACUGGAAACUCCUAGUCACCAACCGACAUGCAGGCAGCAGCUUUUCUCUCACCAUCCUCACCAACAGAUCAGAUCUUUUCAUGGAACAUGCCCCUGGGGGCAACUGGGACCGGGUGGACGUGGAAGAUGGAGCUGAGUUGGGGGACACUGGGCCCCCAUUGCCAACAGAUGAUUACAGUGUGUUUCCCCUCCCCAUCUCGGGCAGUGCUGUCAUCUCCUGCUACAGGCAGGGCAGCCGAGGUGCGGAGAAACCGCUUGCUCAUGGGAGCCUGUGGAAGAAGAGGGACUCAAUAAAGCCAGUGACUUCGCCAACCGUAUCCAUUGCCACAACCUCCAUGGAGCUGCUGAUCAUCGCGAUGCUGAUAGUCGGAGCAGCCGCAGACUCAGACACAGAGGGACACCGGAUCAUUGGGGGGAGAAACUGCCUCUUCGGCUCGCGGCCCUACCAGGUGGCUCUCCUGAGGAACGGCCGCAUCUACUGUGGCGGGAGCCUGAUAGCCCCGAAGUGGGUGCUAACUGCUGCGCACUGCAGCAGACGGAUCAGCACUGUUCGGGUGCAUCUGGGGGAUUAUAAUCUACAGGUGAAAGAAGGCACAGAACAGAUACGAAGAAUCCAUAACUUCUUCAUGCACCCUGGGUAUAACCUCCGUCCUCGUGACAACGACUUCAUGCUUCUGGAGUUGGAUAAGCCCGCUCGACUCAACAGCUACGUGAACACAAUCAACCUGGCUACCUGUUGUCCCUCUCCUGGAACACGAUGCAGUGUGUCAGGAUGGGGCACCCAAAAGUCCCCCCAAAGGCAGUUCCCAGCCAUCAUGCAGUGUGCAGAUGUCUAUAGCGUCAGCCAGGCCAGGUGCCAGGCCAGUUACAGGGGCAGGAUCACGGACAACAUGCUAUGCGCUGGUGUGGAACAGGGCGGCAUAGGCACAUGCCAGGGCGAUUCAGGAGGCCCACUGGUCUGCCAUGGGAAGCUGCAGGGUGUGGUCUCCUGGGGGAAGUCUGUCUGUGCCCUGCCUGGACAGCCCGGGGUCUAUGCCAAUGUCUGCAAAGCUGCUCAGUGGGUGAGGAGCACCAUAAGGAGGAGGCUCACCAGAUCAGACAGAGAUCAUAGGGUUUCUCACCUGCCACAAUAACCCACCAAACACAUGCCCCAGCCACACCUCUCCUUAUCUCACUGCAGCACCUGGGGGAUGCUGAAUGGGGUAGGGGGAGAUGGCCUGGGUGCGAAUGGGAUGGGGGAGCCGUAGUCCACAGCAGCCAAUUGUUAUGAGCCAGGCCUGACAAAAUUCUGAGAUUGGGUUAAAAAUGUGUGACUGGUUUAAAAGGCAUGAAUCAGUGUGAAGAUUGUGAGAUUGCUUUAAAAAUCAUGAGAUCAGCUUGAAAUUCAAAAGAUUGCUUUAAAAAAUCACGAGAUUGGUUUAAGAUGGAGAGAUUGGCUUAACAGUCAUGAAUCAGCCUGAAAUUCACAGGACUGCUUCAAAAAUCGAGAUGUUGACUUUAAAAAUCAUGAGAUUUGGCUUAGAAUGAUGGGAUCAGCUUGAAAGCCAUGAGAGUGCUUUUGAAACCAUGAGAUUGCUUUCACAAUCAUGAAAUCAGCCUGACGAUUGUGAGAUGGGUUUAAAAAUCAUAAGACUGGAUUAAAAAUUAUGAGACGGGUUUUAAAAUGCCAUAAAUAGCACAUAGAUAUUUGAUUUGGUCUCUUGCAUUGGUACGGUUGGCAUAAGCGGCUAUAACUGCUCUGAUGUCACGAAAUCUGACGUCUCAUGGAGGUCAAGCUUCAUUGUACAGUACUACAGCAACAUAGCUAGAGCAAUGGAGCGCCUGUAGUAUAGACAAGCUCCGGGAGUUCAUGCUCAGCUGAUUAUCCACCGCAACCCCCAAAUCUUUCUGACAGUCACCACUUCUCCAGGUAGAGUCCGCCAUCCUCUAAGUCUGGCAGACAUGCUAUGUUCCUGGAUGCAUGCAUUUAUAUGCAACCAUUUACAUCCCCAUGGAGACUCAGUGACCCAAAUCUCACAUGAUUUUAUGACAUGUCUUGAGGGUGGGUUUGUUUCUUAAAGCCUCAAGCUCCUGGAGUCAUGUGAUUCCAUGAGAAUCUAAGCUUUUGUCGAAAAAAGUCACUUUUUGUAGACUUGGGGUUUGGGGAAAGAAAGCUGGGAAACUGACCCUUAGAGGCUCAAAAAAACUGUGAAUAAACAAACCCUAGUAGUUUGGGGGUUGUUUUUCUUUUUACAUCUUCUGAUUUUUAUGCCAAUCUCACAAUUUUGGUUGGGCCUAGACUUGUAAAUUUUGAACACUUGGGGUAAGAGAUACUAGCAACCCUUGACAACGGGUGGAAGAAGAACAGGCUGACCCCAUAGUAGAAGCUGUUACAGAGGAGAGAAUGACAAAGAGAGAGGCAGCUUGUGCUCAUAAGCCAGAGCUGAGACUCCCAUUCCAUGGGAAAUUCAGAUAUUUUGGAGUGGGGGGAAGAAUCCAUUGUGAACAGGUAUACAAAGCUUAAAUUUCUUAAUGUCUGAUGCAGCAAA